AUGGCCUUAUAUCUUUCUUGGGGAGCGACCAACACUGUAGCAGACAGCUGUCUACAUACUGUAAGGACAUCUAAUGGGACCUAUUCGACCAGUCUGCUAAGAAGUCUAGCUCCGGCGCUCUUCUCUGUGGGCACCUAUCAGGAGGUCAUGUUCCACGGCGAGCUGUUUAACGACAAUGGUGGAUUUCGUGGUCCCCCAAGCCCUGAGCGUGAUGCCGCGUGGGACAGAAUCACUCCAGAGGACCCAUUUCCCAUUUCAGCCUCUGAAGUUGUCAAGGUUGGGAAAUCCUUGGAGUCUUCAAUCAGAUACCCCGACGACAAAGGCGGCCAGUAUGCUGCCAAUCUAGAGGUUUUCCACCAGUUACACUGCCUGAAUCUUCUGCGGAAAGCGACUCAUUUCGAAUAUUACGCCGACAAAGAGAUUAUGUUCAAGACAACACCUCAUAUGAUCCAGGAGCACCUUGAUCAUUGUAUCGACAUGCUCCGCAUCAGUCUGCAAUGCACGAGUGAUCUCACACUCAUAACCUUCAACGCGUCAACGCCUGAAUUUCCCAUGGCAGAGUAUAUACCUGACUUCUACACGAACCACAGAUGCAGAAACUUCGAACAAACUUUGGAUUGGUACAAUGAUCGCCGGAUACCUCUGCAUUUGCCGAGCACCCAUGACAUGUCAGAUGAACGGCCUUGA